AUGCCGUCCAUACUCAACGACGACGACCGCGAGACCGUCAAGCGCUUCGUGCCCAAGCAAACCAACAAGAUCCACGCCGUCGCCGUCGCUAGGCUCUACGUAGCCCACCCGAACCGGUCAAAAUGGGCCUACACGGGCUUGCAGGGCGCCGUGGUGCUGGCGAACGAUCUCGUUGGGAAUACGUACUGGGUCAAGAUGGUGGAUAUUUCGCCCGGGAAUCGGGGAGUGAUCUGGGACCAGGAGAUAUUUGAGAACUGGAACUACAACCAGGACCGCGUCUUCUUUCAUACCUUUGAGCUGGAAGAAUGCCUGGCUGGGCUGUCCUUUGUCGACGAGAAGGAGGCGAAGCAGUUUCUCAAGAAGAUGAACGACCGGGAAAAGAACGCGAGCAAGGCGACUCUGAAGACGCCAUUUGGGGGCGCCGCGCCGACGAGCCACCACAAGUCGCACGGGCUCUUUGGUAGCAUCUUCGGCGGACAUCGUCACUCCUCGGCGCCGACCCCGCCCGACUCGCCUUCGCGCGUCCCCGCCCCGCCGAGAGACCACCGCUCCGGGAGCGUCAACGGCUACCACGAGCUCCCUGCGCCCCCGAGGUUCGAGAAGCUCGACGCCUUCGAUCCUCUGUGGCGAGAGCACUUUGGCGAGGAUCUCAGGUCCAAAGGCCUCACCGACGACUUUAUUCGCGACAACCAGGACUUUAUCGUCGACUUUCUUAAGCAGGAACAAGCCGCCCAGGCCCAGCAGCCGGCAUCCUCUCCUCCGCCUCCUCCUCCUCCUCCCAAUGGCGCUGCCGGUAACCUGAGAGCGCCUCCUCCGCCCCCUCCACCCCCAGCAGCCUCCCACGCAGCGCCGCCGCCGCCACCGCCUCCGGCCCCGAGAAGAGGAGCCGCCCCUCCACCACCACCCGCGCCUAGGCGGUCCGGGAAGAUUGAGCCAGAGCCGGCACAGGCCGAAUCGCCUCCGCCUCCAGCUCCGGCUCGGAGGUUUGCCGUGCCUCCUCCUAUAGCAGACGCCGGGAAGUUCGCCCGCAUAGAGCCGCAUCGCGCGGUGCCGGCUGCCCCUGCGCCGGGGCCGCCGCCUCCACCACGACCGCCCAAGACGCCCAUGGAAAACGCCGACCCGUCACACCGACACGCCGUCCCGCCCCCCUUUGCCGGCCCACGGAACGUCCCGCCGCCUCCUCCAAGUCGCGGCCCAGUUCCACCCCCACCGCCUUCCCGAGAGCCAGCCUAUUCAGCUCCUCCUCCCUUACCCCCCAAGGCACCGCCCGCUCCCAGCGCACCUCCGCUGCCGCCUCCAAGCUCCCGUCCGCCCCCUUCACUCCCAGCCAGGAGCCCAGUCCCCCCACCUCCAGCCCCUCCACCGUUACCCUCCUCCCCCCCCCCCCCCCCCCCCCCCCCCCCCCCCCCCGCACCACCUCCCGCACCACCUCUCCCUACCUCCGGUGCCCCCCCGGCACCCCCACCGCCUCCUCCACCUCCCAUGUCAGGCGGCCCUCCCCCUCCUCCAGCUCCUCCUCCUCCUCCGGGUCCAGGAAUGGGCGGCGCACCUCCGCCCCCUCCUCCUCCACCUCCUCCCCCCUCUGGCGGUAUCCCACCCCCGCCUCCCCCUCCUCCCCCACCAAACCGCGACUCCGGUUAUUCCUCCGCAGCAGCCGUCCCGGCAGGCGACCAAAGCCGGAAUGCCAUGCUCGAAGGUAUCCGCGGCGCGGGCGGGAUCGCGGCGCUCAAAAAGGUCGAUCGGUCACAGAUUCGGGAUCGCAGUGGUGCGCAGGUUGGUGGUGCCGGUGGUGGGGGGGAUACGGGUCCGCAUGGGAGUGGGUUGCCUCCUGCUGGGGUUGCGCCGGGGGCUGGUGGAGGGGGGAUGGCGGAUGCGUUAGCUGCUGCGCUACAGAAGAGGAAGGAGAAAGUUAGUCGGAGUGAUGAUGAGGAUGAUGAUGACGAUUGGUGA